AUGGACCCCAACAACAAUCGCCUCCACCUGAAUUUCGGGUACAACGAUCGUGGCUUCAAUGCGGCCGCUAACAAUCGCGCGUAUCCCACCACGCCCUCCGCGUUCCCUCAACCGAUCUAUCAGAACCAGGGUCCCCAGGAAUACAUCGAUCCUCAAAAUGGGGCGUACGGUCAAGGGUAUUUCAUGGCAAACCCCUAUCCUGCGCAGCCCCAAUACGCUCAGCAGCACUAUGGCCAGCCCAACUUGCAGUCUCCGCAGCCCGCCUAUCAGUCCCGGAUGGGCUACAACCCCAACGAUGGACCCAAUGGCCUGAUCCAGCAAUUCUCCAACCAGGACCUAAAUGCCGGACGCACUGGUUUCUUCGGUCGCUCAGGCUCUCCCGCGCAGAGACCCCGUACCGCUGGUUCUCCUGCUUCUGGGCAACAACAACCGGGGCAUCUGGCUCCGCCGAUGCCUCGCAGCCCUCGCACCCCCGCCGAGAACGAAGAGCUGCAGCGCUACCCCGAAAGAUACUCUGAGAAUAUCCACAAGCGAGGAAAGGCCGCCAAGGAGCUGGUGAACGUCUUCUUCCACGAGAACAUCGAGCGUGCGCGCGAUCGUAACAUGCGAUCUGCUGAGCUCGACAAAAUGAUCCGCGAACCUGGAAUCCCCAACGAGACGAAACACCAGGAGGCCGAGGUCGUUUCGAAGAAGGAAUCCAACUUUUUGCGAUUCCUCCGAACGCGAGAAACCCCGUCGAACUUCCAGACCAUCAAGGUCAUCGGCAAGGGUGCCUUCGGUGAGGUCAAGCUGGUGCAACGGAAGACCGACGGCAAGAUCUACGCCCUCAAAUCGUUGAUCAAGACGGAGAUGUUCAAAAAGGACCAACUGGCCCACGUUCGUGCGGAGCGUGAUAUCCUGGCCGAUUCCAAGGAUAACCCCUGGCUCGUUAAGCUGCACGCCUCGUUCCAGGACACUGCCUACCUGUAUCUGCUGAUGGAGUUCUUGCCGGGUGGUGAUCUGAUGACGAUGCUGAUCAAGUAUGAGAUCUUCUCCGAGGACAUCACCCGAUUCUAUAUGGCGGAGAUUGUCAUGGCCAUCGAGGCCGUUCACAAACUCGGUUUCCUUCACCGAGACAUCAAACCUGAUAACAUCCUCCUUGACCGCGGUGGUCAUGUGAAGCUUACCGAUUUUGGUCUUUCGACGGGAGGCAAGAAGACGCAUGACAACUCCUACUACCAAAAUCUCUUAAAGAACUCCACCUCCAAGGACAAGAACCGCAACUCCGGCUAUUUCAACGAUGCGAUCAACCUGACGGUGUCGAACCGUGGUCAAAUCAACACCUGGAGGAAGUCCCGCCGGGCCAUGGCCUAUUCGACUGUUGGUACGCCUGACUACAUUGCACCCGAGAUCUUCAACGGCCAAGGAUAUACCUACCUCUGUGAUUGGUGGUCGGUUGGCGCUAUCAUGUUUGAGUGCUUGGUUGGCUGGCCCCCAUUCUGCGCUGAAGACACUACCGAUACCUACCGCAAGAUUGUGAACUGGAGGGAGUGCCUGUACUUCCCCGAGGAGCUCACCCUUUCGCGUGAAUCCGAGGGAUUAAUCCGAAGCUUCUUGUGUGACACCGAGCACCGGAUUGGAAGUGACGGUGGCCAAUACGGAGGUGCCUCCCAGAUCAAGAAUCAUCCGUUCUUCCGUGGGGUUGUCUGGGAGCAGCUUCGCAACAUUCGCGCUCCGUUUGAGCCCAAGCUUAGCUCGAACAUCGAUGUGUCCUACUUCCCCAUUGACGAAAUUCCUCAAGAGGACACCAGCGCUAUUCACCGCGCCCAGGCUCGCGCCAUGCCUGAUGACCAGGAGGCUGAGAUGAGCCUUCCCUUCAUCGGAUACACAUACAAGGCGUUCAACGCAUUCCAAGGAAACUAA